ACCCACAACGAAUACUCCACACAGGAACAGAGGGGUGAAUUCUCGGGUCCUGAGCUCAGCAGGCAGGAAUGUGGCUGAUAAAUCAGAGAUAGCCCCACCCCUAGCCCAUGAGAAGGGCUGGCCUGACACCCAGCCCCAGAUAAAAGGCUGAGGCACGGUGGCUGAAGAAGGCAGAAGACGCGCUGCUUGAGGAGGUGGGACAGGAGCAGCAGCCCGGCCCGACACUUCUCCGGCAUGGAUCUCCAGAACGUGCUGCCCCAGAUGAUCAUGCUCCUGCUUUUCCUUUCUCUGUCACCGCUGGGAGGUCGAGCCCACCCUCUGGGCAGUCCUAGCCAGUCGCCGGAACAAUUCAAGAUGCAGAAGCUGCUGGACCUGAUGAGGGAAAAGUCAGAGGAGACGGCUCAGAUGCAGUUCCCAAAGAACCAGGGCCCCACAAAAGAAUCCCCCAAAAGAGCCCUUGGGUCUCAAGACAGAGCUCUCCAGGUCCUGCAGAGACUUCGAAACGCCAAGGUGAUGCACAGUUCAAGCUGCUUUGGACAGAGGAUAGACCGGAUCGGCUCUGUCAGUCGACUGGGCUGUAAUGUGCUGAAGCGGUUUUAGGAAGAUCUCCAGGCUGCAGACCACCGGCUUCUGACUCCACCUGGGCCUCUUUCACCAACUCUGGGACCCCCUUUAAAGUGAUCCUAUUUAUUUAUUUAAUUAUUUAUUUAUUUUUAUUUUGUUGUUUUCUACAAGACUGUUUCUUAUCUCUGAGCACAAACUUUCCACAGUGUAAUAAACACGGCAUACUUCUUGCUUUUGAAAAGCAUUUGUCAAAAUAGAAAAUAAAAAAAAGAAGAAAGAAGAGCA